AUGAAGGUGUUGGGAUUCCUUCUGUUAGCGGUGCCUUUAGCAAUGGCUGCUCCUGAAAGGAGAGCGACAAACCCGUUCUUGAGUGCAAUCUUGAAUGUUUUCCACGCUGAUGAAAUCAAGGCCAUUGUAACAGACCUGUACCACACCAUGGGAACUGAUGAACGUGAGGUUGAAUGUGAGGCUGAAUGCAACAAACUUGUCGAUAGUCAGUUGCAAACAGGAUCCUUGAACACAAUCGGACACACUGCGUGCCCAGUUAUCUGUCAUUCGUACCAGGAACUAGUACACUACUUUGACGUCUCACAAACAGCGGCGCCUGCUACUCCAAAUAAGAGGGCUCUCAGUUUGAACCCGUUCUUAACCUCUAUCCUGAAUGUAUUCCAUGCCGACGAGGUGAAGACCAUCGUCACCGAUUUGUAUCACUCCUUGGGAACUGAUGAACGUGAGGCCGAGUGCGAGGCUGAAUGUAACAAAUUGGUCGAGUCUCAGUUCCAGACUGGUUCUCUCAACACUAUUGGACACACCGGUUGUCCCGUUAUCUGUCACUCAUUCCAGGAACUCGUCAAACAUUUCGAUAUCACUCCACAAACAGUCAUGCCUGCUGCUGGUACCAGCGCCAAGAGAUCAUUUGGAUCCAGUCUUUUGAACUCCGUCUUGAAUGUAUUCCAUGCCGACGAGGUGAAGACCAUCGUCACCGAUUUGUAUCACUCCUUGGGAACUGAUGAACGUGAGGCCGAGUGCGAGGCUGAAUGUAACAAAUUGGUUGAGUCUCAGUUCCAGACUGGUUCUCUCAACACUAUUGGACACACCGGUUGUCCCGUUAUCUGUCACUCAUUUCAGGAACUCGUCAAGCAUUAUGACAUCACUCCCCAGACAGCCGUGCCUGCUGCUGGCACCAGCGCCAAGCGAUCGUUUGGAUCCAGUAUUUUGAAUUCUAUCUUGACCGUUUUCCACGCUGAUGAGGUCAAAACUAUUGUGACAGAUCUCUACCACAGCAUGGGAUCUGAUGAGCGUGAAGUUGAGUGUGAGAGGGAAUGCAGCAACCUUAUUGAGACCCAGUUUCACGCCGGAACCCUGAACACCCUCGGACAUACAUCCUGUCCCCUCAUCUGUCACUCAUUCCAAGAGCUGGUCAAAUACUUCGAUAUUACCCCGGCAACUGUUGCCCCAGCGGCACCCGUGAUUGCCGUCAAUAGACGUGAAUUGAAUCCAUUCAUGAACGCUAUCUUGAAUAUUUUCCAUGUUGAUGAGAUCAAGGCCAUUGUAACCGAUUUGUACAACAGUAUGGGCUCAGAUGAGCGUGAGGCUGAGUGUGAAAAGGAGUGCAAUACCCUCGUCGACACACAGUUCAGCACCGGAACCACAAAUACUUUAGGACACACUGCAUGUCCUGUUGUUUGUCACUCAUUCCAGGAACUUGUGGCACAUUUCGACCUUUCCGGAAAGACAACUCCGAUGCCCAACGCACCGCCUGCAUAG